AUGUCGCACUUCAGGUCGAAGAGGCUGGAUCUCAGCGGGUUUAUCAAUGCCCGCGUGAUCCGCGAUCACACGAAGCGCAAGGUCUUCGAGCAAUAUGAGCCCGAUCGUCAAGCUCUCCGCUACAUCAUCCGCAACACUACCCUCCCUCAGCGUGUCCGUGCCCAGGCUCAGCUGCAGCUUUCUCAGAUGCACGCCUACACCCGGCCGACGCAGAUCAAGAACAGAUGCGUAGCAGGAGGAAUCGCCAGGAGUGUGAUACGCGAUUUCAGAAUUGCGAGAUAUCAAUUCCGUCAGCAAGCUCUUAAUGGUGAACUCCCCGGCGUGAAGAAGGCGAGCUGGUAG